UCUGCAUUGUAUCAUAGGAGGUAUUCUGGACGGAUGGCUGCUGGAAAUCCAUUGCCAUAGCCAUAGUUCUUCUUCAACACCUAAAGGAUUUACCGUGACAUUGAGUAAUGAGAAUUUCGAAACCCUAUUUGAGAAGUACCUCCAUCCAGUGCUAUUUGUGUUUACUUCUAAACAGUCAUUUUUUAACUGAGGCUGGCAUUCAUGUCUUCAUUUUGGGGUGCUUUAGUGCAAGUCUUCCUAAAACAGAGGCUAACUGGCAGGAUGUAAUAAGUGAUUUGAAAAGAAUUGAAUAUCUUAUUCAAUCAAUACAUAUUGAUGCCACUUUAUAUACUGAAAGUGAUGCUCAUCCUAAUUGCAAAGUAACAGCAAUGAAGUGCUUUCUUCUGGAGUUAAAUGUUAUUUCACAUGAAUCCAGGAAUAUGGACAUUGAUGAAACAGUGGAAAACCUUAUCAUCCUAGCAAACAGCAGUUUAUCUUCUAAUGGGAAUAUAACAGAAUCUGGAUGCAAAGAAUGUGAGGAACUGGAAGAAAAGAAUAUUAAAGAAUUUUUACGGAGUUUCUUACAUAUUGUACAAAUGUUUAUCAACUCUUCUUGACUGCACUUGAUCAUUGUCAGCAUUUCUAUUAUUAACAUCUUCCUACUUCUAGACAACAAAACACUCUGCAUUUCAAAUGCGCUGCCAAAACAAGUUUUUCAAGCAAGAUGAGGAUGAGGACCUUGGAUCAGAUGAAUUUGUUGAAAAGAAGGCCGAAAUUGUCAUUGAAUAAUAUA